UCAUCAUAAUUAAAAGUCCAAUAAAUGUCAAAUAAUGUGUGAAUAAAACAUUAGAAGUUGAGUCCCAAGCUUUCUCCAUCUUUCGUGGCAAAGUGGUGCAAAAAAAAAGAAGGGUGAAUUCAAUCGUAGUGACCGUCAUUCCGGAAAUACUAUAAGCGAUGAGUAUUCGAGCACGUUGAGAAAACAAAGACAACCAGAGGCGAUGUUGUUCGUUCUGUGAUGAAACUUGUGCAGUUGCACCGCAAAGCACAGCACACUUUGCUGAAGAUUUUUAAUCCAGCACAUCCACGGGACGUGACGAGGACCGAUCAAAACGUGCCGGUGAAUAUAAUCCCGUGAAAUCAGUUUCCAGUGCGCUCAUCCUAAUGCCAAGUCAUUUAAUGAAGAAAUUGAUUAGCUUUAUUGGACUUUUUUUCGUGUGACGUUUCCGAAACGACGCUCAGAAUUCAUGGCAUGGAGCUUACUAAAUGAUAGUGUGUUGUUGUAAAACUACACAAAAAGAAAUCGCAAAUCAAACGUACAAGCAACCAAAAACCGACAAAAAGAGUGCAUCGAAUUCCAGCCGAACCAAAGAUGGCCGACUCAAGUUCCAGCGAGGAGGAGAUGGCCCAACAAACCGGCUCCGAAGCUUCACCGUCGACUUUGAACAUUGUCCACCACAGUGGGGAACGGGGUCUGGCUCGGUGCCACGAGUGCUACGGUGACUGUCCGGAAUGUGUUCAAUGCUGUAAGGAUACGGUGCACAAGUGCAACUCGGAUCCGCUGAGUAGCAGAUUGCUGGCUGGAAAAAAUUUGCUGACCCGAUCGAUAAGAUAUCCGGUCGGUCCUGCCACCCGGAAGUGCGUGCUCACCCUCGAUGGGUACUCGUAUGUUAUCGUGGCAAGCUCGCCCGAGAACAAAUUUACCAAAGAUGAUCUAACCGUGGCCCCACGCGAGCAGCAGCAAUCUGUGUGCUACGAGACCACGUGUCCGGGAUCCACAAACUACGGUGCUUGCGCUUCGUCAUCAUUGCCAUCAUCAUCAUCAUCGCCAUCGACUGCUGCAGGGACACAAACGCCACAGCAACUGGAACGGUCACACCUGCAGCAGCAGCAGCAACAGCUUCAGCAUCAGCAACGACAGUCACAACAGCAACAACCAAGGCCUUCAUCAGGCUCCGCCGGUUGCCAUCCACAUCUUCAUCAACAUCAUCAACACCAUCAUCACCAUUGCCAUCCAACGACAACGACAUCGCCCGGAACUUCUCUAGGUGACUGCUGCUCACGUAAUGGACAAAUUGCAAAACAAGGAAGUCUGACGAUUGUACGUCGCACCAAUAGCAGAAAAACAACGCACAUUCUGUCACCGCAGCAAGAACCAUUUGACUACGAUACACUCGACUAUCAGAACCAGCAGCAACUGGAAGGGGACGAUUCAAAGCAGCAGCAGCCCCUGUCGGAAAGUGAACUCGCGUUCGUCAAUCAACAGCUCAGCCGGGAGCUGGAGAGUAUGCAACCGACGGCCGGAUCCGGGUCCGGUUCGCCGCCGUCCAGUGCCGUUGCCGUCGCGAAUCCGCGUGCCGAACUAGCUACCGGGGAUGAAAUGGACACUGUUGACUUGGCCACCGAUAAUUUGCCGGCGGUCGAUACACCGGAUGCAUGUGAUAAAGCCGCACUGAGACUACGCUGUCUCUUGCGGCAACUGCAGCGCGGUGAAAUAUCCGCAGAGCUUCUGCAGAAAAACCUUCACUACGCCGCACGCGUACUCGAAGCCGUUUUUAUCGACGAGACAAAUCAAGACGAUGGCGUUGGUGGUGGUGGCGGCAGUGGUGGCGUAAGUGGUUGUAGGGGUGUUGGUAGUGGUGCCGAUAGUAAUACUGGAAACGAUGGCAGUGGUGGUGGUAGUGGUAAAGCGAUCAGUAACAACGUCGGUCCGGUAGGAGAUAAUAACAACGUCAGCAAUGUCGCCAGUAAGGAGGCCCGGCGGGGCGUCACCACAUCGGCCCCGCCUACCCACAGUGGUCCUACGGGACCACCGAUCGGAAAAACCAUCAUUCAGAGGCGAAAACUACGUGCACCGGUGUGGGCCAGGCGCCUAGCUGACGAAGACGAUGAACUGUCCGAGGUACAACCGGAUGCCGUUCCACCGGAGGUACGGGAAUGGUUGGCUUCGACAUUUACCCGCCAGCUCGCCACUACCCGGAAACGGUCGGACGAGAAGCCUAAGUUCCGCUCGGUGGCACAUGCCAUCCGGGCGGGAAUUUUCGUCGACCGCAUCUACCGGCGCAUUUCCAGUACGGCACUGAUGCAGUUCCCACCCGAGGUGGUCAGGGUGCUGAAGUGUCUGGACGACUGGUCGUUCGAUGUGUUCGCCCUGGCCGAAGCCGGCAACUGUCAACCGGUGAAGUACCUCGGUUACGAUCUGCUGAACCGGUACGGCUCAAUCCACAAGUUCAAAAUACCGCCGGCCACGCUGGAAACGUUCCUAUCGCGCAUCGAAGAGGGCUACUGUCGCUUCCGCAAUCCGUACCACAACAAUUUGCACGCGGCCGAUGUUGCACAAACCGUACACCACAUCCUCUGCCAGACGGGGAUGAUGCACUGGUUGACCGAUCUGGAGAUCUUCGCCACGCUGCUAGCGGCCUUAAUACAUGACUACGAGCACACGGGGACGACCAACAAUUUCCACGUGAUGUCUGGUUCGGACACAGCGAUGCUGUACAAUGAUCGUGCCGUGUUGGAGAACCAUCACAUCAGUGCGGCGUUUCGGGUGCUGAAAGAGGACGACUGCAACGUGCUGCAGAAUCUCUCGAAAGAGGAGUAUCGCGAGUUGCGGUCGCUGAUUAUCGACAUGGUGCUCGCGACCGAUAUGUCGUUCCACUUUCAGCAGCUGAAGAACAUGCGAAACCUGCUAACGCUGGCCGAGCCGCAGGUGGACAAAUCAAAGGCACUCUCGCUGGUCCUGCACUGUUGUGAUAUUUCUCAUCCGGCCAAACGCUGGGACAUCCAUCACAAGUGGACUAUGCUACUGCUCGAGGAGUUCUUCCGGCAGGGCGAUCUCGAGCAGGAACUCGGGCUCCCCUUCAGCCCACUGUGCGAUCGUAACAACACGCUGGUGGCGGAAUCACAGAUCGGUUUUAUCGAAUUUAUCGUAGAGCCCAGUAUGGCUGUGUGUGCCGACAUGUUAGAGAUAAUCUUAGCACCUAUAGCACCAAUCGCAAUGAAUAGUAGUAAUAGCAAAAAUAACAAUAACAAUAAUACUAGCAGUAAAGCAAACAAUACUCUAAGUGUACCAAAUAACAGCAACAAUAACAACAGCAGUAGCAGCACUAGUAAUCACAACAAUACAAACAAUGAAGCAAUAAGCACCAGCGGAUUGGGCGGAGGAGGAGGAGGAGGAGGAGGCGGCAGUGGCGGUGCUGGAAGCGGUAGCGGAGGAGAACCGGGUGAUAAACCGAAGUCAAAACCGGAUGUCAAAAACGGUGCCAAACCGGAUCGGUUUGAGAUCAAGAAACCGUGGAUCACCUGUCUGGGGGAAAAUAAGAAGAUUUGGAAGGAACAAGCUCAGAGAGAUGCGGAAGCCCGUGCUGCUGCUGCUGCAGAGGCGGCGGCGAUUGCCGAAGAGCAAGCUACGGAACAAGUUUGCGAUGCAGAUGCAACUCCGGAGGCCGACAAUGAAUAGGUGGUGUUACACACUUUUCUAUACAACCAAGCAAACGCAAACAAAACUUAAAUUUCAAAUAUACUACGGAAAGGGAGAGCCAGCGAGAAAGAGAAGGUGAGAGACAAUGUGAAGGAGAAAACAAAGCAACCACAACAAGUAAAACUUUUGAUGGUAUUUUUGUGCGCGAGAGAAUCAAAAGACAGUGCGAGGAAUACACUGUUGACUAUAGUGAAAUAAUAGCAAACAAGAAUAUAGUGUAGUCCUAAACUAGCGUAAGUCGUCAGAAAACAGAAAAAAAGUCCCACAUACACACACAUAUAGAGAGAGAAAGAGGACGAUUUAUGUCAUUAGGAUCAAUCAAUCUUACAGAAAGUUUAGCAGUACGAAAAGAAAAGUGAAGAGCAAAACUGAGCAAGUAUUUACGAUCUCUAUACAUACAGUACCAUUCAGAUAUAACACAUACACAUACAAAUAAAUGCAUGUAAAAGAACACGAACCACGCGAGCGUUGAUUGAAACAACUACAAAUCCAUACUGGGCGUCUGUAAUCCAGGAAAAAAAACAAAUACUAAUCCUAAUUUGUACACAACUAUAGCGAAUUGAUUCUUGAUCGGGAACAAUCUCUUCCGGACUAUUCUCGAAUAACAAGAUACUGAUGUACAGACGAAACAGAAUAAGUCUCUCUAUAUACAAUCAUAUAUUUAUACGAAAAAAAAGAAACAAAAACUUUUGCUUUCCAAUCUUAAUCAAUAGUAACUAGAUCACAAAAGAGCAAAGAACCAAGAAAAGUAGUGUAAUCGUGAACAAUUGACACAUGCCGGAUCCGGCCGCGGAUUAAAUCUCUGAAUGACAUAGCAGCUUACAGAUGCGUUUUUAUUGAUUAACAAUUUUCCGUUCAGCUUCGGACUAGAAAAAAGGGGUUCCUCCUGCAUUCCGCAUUCCGAAUGAGUGAGCUUUCCGUCAACGAAACUGUGCAAACUGUUUUCCUCAGCUACCCAAGAUUCGAUUGCACAGUCAGAUUGAGUUACCUGUAUGACUUUGGGUUCUGGGUUCUGAAGCACAAUACGCCCGACUGUCUCCCCUUUCAUCGACUGAUCGUAGGAAGAUUAUGCGCUUGAAACGUUGAUGAUUGAAGGGACCCGGAUGGUAGGAUGGAGGAAAACAAAGUGCAGCCAGAACCGAUGGGUGUUCGCGAACAUCGUCACCCGGGUACAGAAGCAAAAUAGGUCGCCACCCGGAUCAACUAAUAUUAGAAAAACGUUCGACUUCAUUGUGUCGGGGUUUUCUUUUUUCGCUUCGCUGCCGAGAAAACAUUUCGGUGAAUUCCCGUAAUCGGAUUCGAAGUACUACACUGAAUUGUUUGAAAGGUUUGAAAUUAUACAUUCGUACAAUGAUUGAAGGGGGUUCGAUUUUUUUUAUUUUCAUUUACGUUACUGAUGCGAACUAAUUUGUCCGGUUUUGCUAAUGCGGGCUGGGAAUUUUGUUUUAUGUCGCAAACUUUUGUAACUCCUGGGCUACUAAAUUGCGCUGAAUGCGCAAAUGUGUUACGUUCCAGAUUGCGACUAACAAUGACAAUCCAAUAGAAUCGUCACGAUUUUUUAAGAAUAAAAAAACCCUGUGUCAGUUAUAAAAUCAUGUGUUAUUUGGAAUUGAGUUGAAUCUUGCAACCCAAAACCAAAUCUUGGAUAACACUGUAAUGACUUUUGGAAACACUUUCUGGAAUUGAUGUGAGUAUAUUCUUGAAUAGACAAAUUGUAAUACAACUAAAUAUGAAAGCCUGGUGGUGACAGUUAAGUCCACAGUUCGUAAAACACCAGUAAUUCGUUUAUUUUGAGUCUGUUUUUAAUGCCGGUGAGAAACAGACCGAGAGGGAAAAUAGGUGAAUAAAAUUGCGAAAAAUUAAAAAUUCACGAAAACAGUUCUUGAACCCGUAACUCUUUCCUUACGGUGGAGAUACUCUUCACACUAGACUACACUGGCACAUGUGAGAACACAUUUCAGAACAGGCAACCUGAUUAUGUAGCGCGAAACAAUGUGCAUGAUACUUUACACGUACCGCUUGAUAUUCAUAUUGCUGACUUCGUAUCACAAAUCUCGCUCUGAAUAUUUCGAGCACACACAUCCUUUUUACCUAACGCUCGUAUAUUUUUUUCGACGAAAAACAUUUGGCAUAAAAACCAAGAAAAUACAGGACAUCGAUUUUGAAAAAAAAAUCAUUUUUACUAAAAAUAGUGAAUAAACAACAAAAGCCAAUAAAUUUGAUUAGUAUCUAACGAGAAAAAGAGAUUGGAAAAAUAACAUGCGAAUACAACUAUGUAAUGAAAACCGCGAAAAAGCUAUCGCAGAGCUCCUAUCCGGGAAAAUCGUUCGGGCCAAAUUGCUAGAAAAUACUAUUAGAAAUGAUAUAAAAUCAGUCGCGAAGGUACACGCCACCCAGGAGGAACCAAUCUAAAAACUAUCCUGCAUGUGAAACUCACGAAGAAACAGUUCAAUUGCAUAGAAGAACCGAGCAUGUUUAGCUGUGUUCGGCCGCCACAGCUGUCAAUUGUAGUCAUAUGUCCCAAGCAACCCCUACGUCAACUGUUUCAGCCCUCAGUUAGUCUGUUUCUUCAAGUGCUUCACAUUGCUAAUUGGAAAAACGGUUUCCCCGGAUAGUUGUAUUCGCAUAUCGCAGAUUCUGCAGAUCACAGAUUUAUUCAAAAUUCGAAGAGUUUUAACAAUAUUUUACAAAACUGACAGAUUUUAAGAAUGUUUCUCACAAAUUCAAAUCGAAAAUAGAUAUCACAGUUAAUAAACAGAUUUUCAAUGUUCAAACAGAUUUUAUUACGGCAGCUUUGAUCAGCAAGUGAACAUCCUACGGAUUCAUUUUAUGGGCCGUUCGUCUCGCACGAGCUGCAAUGAUUUUAAAUAUGUGUGUGUCGGCCCAAAGACGUACGGUAGAAUCAGUAUUCAAUCGACUUGCACUGAUUGCGGGCACAUCAGCACCAGCAAAACAUUCUACGGGAUUUUUGUAUGUGCCGUUCGCCUCGCACGAGCAGUAAUGGUUGCUAGUGCAUUUUCAAUGUCAUCGUGAUCGGUCGUGUCUCGUACACAAUCCUAUAUUUUCUGUUAAGGUAAAUAAAUCGAACAAUAUUUCAUGCUCUUGAAUCCUUGUUUUAUACCAUUAGCCAGAAAUGGACAAUUAGAGGAUCUGCCCAACCAGAAAAAGGUAGAUGAAAGAAGCAGUGCUGGGAUGAAUAUCUGUUUCAAAAUGAAGUGUAAUUAAAAACUUCCAACAAAAUAGAAAAUAUGAUAUUUCCAACACUAUGUUUUAAACUGUUCUGCUCUCCACAAAUUUUCGUUGUAGUCUUGUCGGCUGAUGAUUUUCUCAGCCAAACAAAUAUAUAAAAUUUGUAAAAUCUGUGUUCCAUUCCUAUCACCAAUUCAGAGAAAUUUGAAACAAAUUUCAUCGAGCAAUUUGAAAUCCGUUCAAAAUUCGUGCUCAAAAUAUAGAGCAGUUCAAUCCAUUCAUCGAUUAUCUCAGUCUACCGUACGUCGGGUAAAGAUACUUGACAUACAUCAAUUUCUUUUUCGACCUAUCAUGCCAGUAAUUGCUGUGUUAGAAUUUGACAUUUGACGAGAGCUUAUUUAAGGCCAGGUUUCUUCAAGCUAUUUAAACAAACGAAGAAAGAUUUCCUUAAAUUGUUAGAAAACACUCUUGGCGAUGACAUAUAAUUAGUUCCGAAGGUACACGCGAUCGAGAAGUUGAUAGAAAAAAGGGGGACGGUGCGCGCUCAGGACAGCGCUUUUAUUCGGAACUAAUCGAAAGUCACAAAUAAAAACUUUGUUCAGUUUUUUUUUGUACGUUUGACUGUGGACUAAGACCAUGGUUGGUCCAUCUCGCCAUUUUGUUCAGUUUUUUUCUCGAAACCAUGUUUUAUUUUCAACUGGGUGUUACUCGUAUUCCAAAACUGUUUCACGUAUCAACAUGAACAAAACUGCAUUUUUCUCGUUAGAUGUCUCUCUAUAGUCGAAACUGCAACCAGAAAUAUUCAUUGUUAUUUAAAAAAGUUGUAAACAAUUGAAAGUGCACAAAAAAGGUCGAAAAUCGAAAAAUGACCGUCAUUUUGUUUUUUAUCAGUGGAAUUUUUUCAUUCCAGUUUCGAUCAUAGCCAAUUCGAUACAGAAUAUGAAACUGUUUAGCUUUUUGCUUUCCGAUGAUUGGUUAAAUAUCUUAUGAACCUACUAUUAUUUCGAUUCAUGGAUUGACUUUAUAAGCGCGCUUGGAGAUGACUUUUCUACAAUUUCUAAAAAGUGUUUUUUUCCAGUUUCUAAAAAGUGUCCUAUUCAGAUCUGGUCUCUCCAGUAUUAUGAAAACACCCCCCUGAAAUUUUUUUCUCUGGGUACACGCUUAGAUGACACCCACCAACAAAUCGGACGAGUCUGAGCAGCUGUUUUCAGAGCUGUCAUAUUCACGUCUAUACGUCAUAACGGAAAAUCAAAUUGAAUACACAUUCACUAAACGGUAUGUUUUGUUUGUUAAGAGUUAAGUCAUCUUGAACUGAGUUUCUACUUUCUUCAGUACCCAACGAAGAGACAGAUUGAAAUAUGACUGAAAAGGUGAACAACAGUCAUAAAAAUUCGCGAAGAAAAAUACCACCGAGACGGGACUCGAACCCGUAUUUUUUUCUUAUCAAAGAAGUUCGUUUUGCCAAUUGAACUACGCUGAAUGUGAAACACAACACCUGUAUCAGUCAAAUUGAACAGAACGCUUAUACACAGUUCACAUAUCAGUCAUGUCCCAGUGGAACCAUCCCGUAGGAGAACAUGCCACACAAUACAAUAAAGCUUAUACAUUCACUAAGACGUGUGAAAGGCUUUGAGAUUAAUAUAAUCCUCGUUAGACACUGAUUAUAUUUAAAACUUUCUCAAGACUGAUACAUCAUCAACGAUAAGGAGGAAAAUGAGGAACGAUUUUUUGAUGUGGAACACAUCUUUAUUUUCUAUAUAGGGGUGCAAAUCAGAAACUCCAGGAAAAAUACACGUAGAAAUAUGGUCCGGUUUUAAACAGCUCAGUAUAUUUUGUAUCAAUUAUUAUUAUUUCAUCAUUUGAUUGGAAAUAUUUCUACGUUUCGAUUUGAAUGUAUCAAGCCACGUAUUUUCAAUUAUAUAUGGUUGAAAUUUUGAUUAGUAACGAGCGGUGUCCUAUUUUGUCUACUAAAAAUCUCCGGCAUAUUGGAUUUCCCUGCCAUAGACGACGGUUUUGAAGGAGUAAGCGAUAUAUCAAAGGGAAAGCAUCGCUCUGAUUGGUCAAUCGAUGCAAAAGCGAAGCUGCUGGAAGCACGCGAAUCUAUAAAUAUAAACAAAAUUAUAGCUAACGUUUCAGUCCUAAGAGUAGCAUGCUAGAGGUAGGUUGUUGCUAGAUAGCCAGACAAAAAGUGCCAUAAAACGAUUUGAAGUUUAAAUAGGUAUGCUCUGGUCUUGUGUCAUGCAAGUUCGGAUGAAAUUCCAUGUUAGAUAAAUUUUGAGUACUUAAGAUUAAUUUCUUUUUUAUAUAAGAUGAACUCGAUUGAUAAUCAGAAAAAGUUUAUUGCUUCAACCGAAACCGCAGAAUGGGAGAGAAACUUAACGCUAUAAAAAUAACUGCUUGCAUACAAAACUUGAACACAAGCUUGGCGAAAAGGAGCUUAAAUAUAAAAAUCGUAUCGCAAUUAUGCACAAAGAUAUAAUUGCAUACAUUUAGGAUAUUGGUGUAAUUUCGUCGGCUAUAAAACGAACAAUGUUCGGUGUUGGUUCCUAAUCAAGAUCAAUCUAAGCCAGGGAUUCCCAAAGUGGCCGUAGACCCCUUGGGGUCGAUAUUCUUUUUGCGGGAGUCGACGUAAACGAAAACUGACUAUGGGGGUCGAAGAGGUCUAGAAAUCAACCCCCUGUUGUUUGAUAUAAGUUGUUAUUCGAAAUAUUUACGCCUAAAAAGUUCAAUAUUAAAAAGCAAGAAAUUGAAUUUUCAAAGGAAUUUGUUUAUGGGGGUCUCAGGCCUAAGUUAAUUUUAGUAAAGGGGUCCACGACUCAAAAUAGUUUGGGAUCCCCUGAUCUAAGCAGACUCUCGUGCAAUUGCGGAUUCAAAAGUGUGACGAUUGAUUGAACUGUUUCAUUGUAGAUCAUUAGAAAUUUUGUUUGCCUUGUUCCACAUCAAUGGCUCCAACAACCCCAUGGGGCUGAUCCUUGUAGUUUUUAAAUAAUAUUUAUUUAUCCGUAUUUUAAAAUGUUAUCGCAUUGGCCCAAUUUAGUAUUUGAUCAUCUUGAAUCUUUGUUCCAACUCAACGGAAAACGUUCAUCGGAAAAACGGUCCUAGCCACAUGACCUUUUUUAGAUAGUUUCAUGGAACAAAUUUUGAAAAUUUCUGGAUUAAAAUAUGAUAAAACUGAAAGACCUAUUCUACGAAAAAGUCAUUUCGCCGAAUGGGCCGCUUCCCCGAAUGCCAUUUCGCCAAAAAGGUUAUUUCAACGAAUCCUGCAAUUGUGUUAAUAUCUUUUUUUGCAGUUGAUUUGAAAUAAAGACUAAUGAAAAAUGAUAGUGACAACGCACGUUUUGUUCACUUACAAUUGUAUUUCUUGAAAAAAGAUUUAUUCUUGCACUCCCGUCUGUGUCAAAUCACAUGUUUAUGUCGUCUUCGCAUGAAACUUAUACAUGACGUAAACCCAAUCGUACCGUAUUUUCUUGGCUAAUGAUUGAAUAAUUGAUCUAUCAGCUUGUUAAAUAAAAUUUUGUGACUGUUUAAAUGUCAAAUAGCUGUAAAUUUAAUAGCAUGAUUCAUUUUCACAUGCUUUGGACGACACUCCUUUUCGGUGCAUCUAUUGCGACGCAAUAUUACAUGUUUUUUUUCGCAGUGUGCAGCGAAGAGAGUGCUGAUCGUCCUCUAGUAUAUUCUGGCCACAGAAAUCUGUCCUUCGUUUCUUGUUUAACGGGAUUCAGAUUUUCUAAAUUGUUCGUGUUAGUACUUGUAUUCCGAUGUCACAUUAAUUUGAAAUUAAUGAGAAUUUUACCGCAUCAUUUUGAGGAUUUAUAAAAAUAAGUGUUUUCAUGCAGUUCACAAACAAGCUUUAGCAAUAUAAUGUGCUAGGUUCAAGGCAGGAAAUGUACAAGUAGUGGAAUCGGAAAAUAUGUCAAACGUCUCACAUCUCAACCCGUGGCCGUAACUCACUGACUCCAAGCUUACUAAUGGCGUUUUUCAUUGAGAAACACUGGUGGCGUGGAUUGCUCUGGUUUUGCACUUUCGAGCAGAAAUGGCAAUGAAACACCGUCAGAAUGUUGCAUUUCUGCUCGAAAGUGCAAAACCAGAGCAAUCCACGCCACCAGUGUUUCUCAAUGAAAAACGGCAUAAGUUUCGCAUGCCUUAAGAUUGUACCUUACAAAGUUUGACAACCGAAAAGCUCACUCAUUAACGGUCCUUACUUUGUAUAAAUCUAUCAGCAAAAUGCAGAUCGCACUUUUUUAAACCUAUUUCGAACAGUUCACAGUUACUACACUGGAAUGAAACGGAACACAGCUCCUUUUACUUUUACUUUGAUCAAUGCUGCAGACCAAAUCUAAAUUCAAACCCUACCACGAUUGCGAGGAUUGUGAUGCAGAAGUGACGGAAAGCAACGCGAUCAUUGAUGCGGAGUAGUAAUCCGAUUUUGUAACGACCUCCUAUACUCGAAUUGAACUAAGGAAAGAAAAAAAAUAGCCUCUUUAUAUACAACACUUACACCUGAGCGAAGAAAAUAAAAUAUAUAUAACUAUAUCCUGAUCCGCCCUAUUAAUUGUUAAAAAUAGAAUCUAUUUAUAUGACAGAAGAACGAAAAGAAUGUGCUUUGUAUUAUUAGGAGUGAAUUUGUACUGGUCAAGAAAUCUAGGAUGAGGCGAAAAGUAUACCUUUGCUAUUUAUUCACCUCCAGUUAUCUAUUUUCAUAUAGAAUUCUAUCUAAAUUUUUGAUAAAGAAAAAACUUAACCGAACAAUGUUUCACUAUUGGCGUACAAAAAAAAUCAGCCUUCAUUCAAAAUACGCAGUUACUCUCUUCUCUACUGUUAGAAAGUUCUGUUACUAUUAUAUCAUUUUGACGUAACCAAAGUUACCGGAUCAAAACUGACAGUCAGCGCACGUUAUUUAUAUCUGUAAAGCGAAUCUAACCAGAUCUAACAUAAUUUUAAGACAACCAUUUCCUCAUGAAUGAAACUAUCACACCGAGUCACAAUCAAUCAACUCUCUUAACAUCUUUCUGCUUUCCGAAGGCGGUAACGAAUUCGAAAAACAAAAUAAAUCUGCACAAAAUGUUAGCAAGGCAAGUAAUAGUAGUCGUGAUAAAGCAUCUAGUUGAGUUUUUGUUUUAAGUUGUUUUAUAAUUUAUCGACGGAUUAAGCAAAUAAAAACAAAUAGAGGAGAAUAAAGUUUAGUGCUAAAUGGUGUAUCUAAACUAGUGUGCGUUGUCAUUUCCGGCGCUCGGAGCGCGCUCAUCUAACCAUGGGAAUAAGGUCUAUCAAGCCUACUUAGAUCGACUUGUACGUUCCGAAAUUCUGCAGCGAAUCGAUCACCAUUAUUCUAGGAAACACUACCCAGGUAAUUAAUAAGCACAUGCUAAUGCCACAUUAUGACAGCUAAUAAUCGCUAAUUGGCAUUUUAACCGCAUUUGAAAUUGGAUUAGGAUCGACGUUGGCAAAACGUAUCCUGAAAGCUGGAUUCUGAUUGAUUUACAACAGAUGAGCUUUCAUUUUGCAAAUAUAGAGCUAUGAGAAUUUUUGGUGCUAAUAAAAGGCUAUUUUACUGCCAUUACUAGUGCUUACUGGUAACCGGGGUAACUUCAAUAUAUUAUAUCAGCAAAAAAGAAACUCUCUCUUUCUCUUUUGAUUAGCAUACCACGUCAGCAUCGUCAUGAGUACCGUCACCGUGGUACAUAAUCUCUGCUGUAACAAGUACACUUCUAUAACUGCAUGCAUCAGCCACCUUAAACAGCAAUAAUCCUUGAACGAUCCUUCCCACUCUCGAUCCACCAUAGAAUCUGUGUUUCUCUUCUAUUCUCGUGUCUAGCAGAUCACAAUUAGAAAUCAUAUCGCAAUUCAUACGAAAGGACUCUUGAUGCCUAUAGGCAAUCCAAUCUGCCUAACUUCAACCUUCAGUCCAAUGUAUGUCUCCAGCAUCAUCUCAAAGUUGCGUGUCGCAAUAUCAGUAUUGUUAGUGAAGUGAACAGAACGAACACUUACUACUCGGGAAAGAAAACGGGUGCAAAAUAGUGUACCGCGAAUUACCCCGAAAGUGUAAUUUUUCGUACGGUGCAAAUCACCACCUGUUUGAAAUGCUCGACUGCACGAAAAGUGUCCAAAUGGAGCAAAACACUGGAGACGAGUAGAUUUAAUGAAAAAAGGAUAUUAGAGUCGUGCUAAUUCACCCUAUCACACACUCCAUAGCUAUAUUAAACAGUAUGCUAUGGAGUGAAAAUCAUGCUUCCAAUGUUCACGAAACGUAACGAAAGUAACGCUCCCUAAGUUGCGCGUGUGAUUUUCGUUUAUACAAAUGAAUUCAGUUUGGGUCUGAGUUUGGAGAGAAAUUUUCAAAAAUAACAGUCGUACAACAUUGCAUUAUUCGAACCUGUUCUCCAUAUUCACAUAUCACAUAUUUUCAAUGAAAGAUUCCAAUCCAAUAGAAAAAAACUCUUCGUAAUCUGUCUAGUAGUGUGAAAAUGCCUUUCUCUUGUCAUUUAAACAGUCAAAUUUGGACAGAUUUUUAAACACAAAUUGAUACAGAUUGUUUCAGAAAAGUGUGACUCAACACACUCAACACUGCCGCAUAUUGGACAAAAUUCUCGAAACCAAAAGUAUCAGCAAUAAUAUAUUUAAAUUUGAUCAUUGGUUACUUUCUGGAAAAAAGCAGAUUGAAGAACCAACGCGUUUUGUCAGUUACAUCACUUAUACCAGUAUACCUUUGGAAGUGACAGCCACUUGAUCUUCAAACUCGAUUCACAAUCAAUAGUAGCGUUCAAACAAGCCUAAGUUCAUUGAAAUCGGAUCAGCCAUUGUGGGUAAAGGAAAUCUUUAAAAAGGUGCACACACACAAACAUUUUCCGAUCUCGUCGAGCUGAGUCGAAAAGUAUAUAACACUAGUGGUGUCCGGAGUUCCAACGAAGGUCAGUUUCUCCUGCAGUUCUAUUAUCUUUCUAUAGAGAAAGGCAAAAACAAACGAAGAGAAACGAAAAAUUUUUGUCUUUCAUUUCAACAAAAGACAGUAUCAAUGCCAACGUUACUCGUUUCCAAACGACAAGACGAAACCAAAUUAUCAUCGGUAGAAAAAUUCAGUCGAAUUCCAUUUCCCAUUCUUUCUUCAAAAUAAUGAAAAUCAAAGUCUCCCAAAUCUUUUCAAAAAAAUUUGGAAAACAAAACUACUAUAGAUACGAGCAUCAAAAGAUAAAAAAAACAUUGAGAAUCGCUUUCUGUCAUUAUCGAUUCUUGAAACUUCGGUUGAACAUCGAUACUUCAUAGUGUGCGAUUUUCACUGAAAACCGAAAAUGAAUAAAAGGGUAUACGAAAAGUAGAACACAAUUUUGAAACUACUGUUCCGCUUCCGUUGCUGACUGGAAAUGGAUCUAGCUUACAUAGUUUACAAACGGAGCUGAGAGUGACAUUUAUUUUUCGUCAUUUUUGUGUAUUUAGAGUCAAUGAAAAUGACUUUUAUGAUGUCUACAAUAUUUUUCGAACGGGCUGAGUUCCAGCGUGUUCGGAGAAUAGACGAUUUAAGACACAAAAAGCUACAUUAUCAGGUAUAUAAACUUCCAGUGAGCGAUAAAAAUCAAACGCUUAUUUGAGAAGAAAAAUUGAAAAUUUGUUCAUUCAAAGUAUUUGCCAGCGCUAAUUACACAAAUUUCUCAUCUGGCUAAAAAAUUCUGAGAUCCUUGCCAAAAAAGUUCGUUUUCUUCGGGUGGAUUUGUAAUCUGAAGAGGCUAGGUAUGGUGAGUAAGCUGCAUGCGAUAGUACUUCCCAUCCGAACUCCCCUAUCUGUUGCCUGAUCGGUUUCGUGGUGUGAGACGGAGCACUGUCAUAAUGAAGUAUCACUUUCCUGUGUCUGUGUCAAAACAAUCCAUUGUUAUUUGUAGCACUGAUUUUCCGAUGCAGUGAUUGGAAGGCUUGCUUGCUGGUUUUCGUUCAACUCAUGUGGAAUCCAUUUUUCGAUGGCCCUCAAGCGAUCUGAAGUUCAUUAUUGUUCAUGAGUUUGCGUGUCAUCUUCGUCCAAUAAUACCAGCGAUUCGGGGUCUUCAAUUUUGUCUGACCACAUUUCUCGUUUCUCGCAUAAAGUCACCACCACUUUUGAAGCGUAGAAACCAUCUCUUGCAUGUUGCUUUCGAUAGAGAAUGAAAACCGAAAGCCUUUUCUGGUGUUCGCUGAAAUUCGGCUGUAGAACUUUCUUCAAAUAAAAUUCGUCAUAUGGUUUCCAAUUACCGAUUCCAGAAAUUCCGGAAGUAGUCAAUCAAAGAGUCAGAAGAGGAACUCACGUCGAUUUCUCAAAAAUAUCAUAUAAACUACUAAUGAAUUUUAUUUGGAUCCUACAUCCGAUUCCGGAAUUGUGGAGUGCGAUUGACAAGAUAGUUUUCAUCCUAGACAAAAAAAGAAGAAAAUCUGAAAAUAUUUGCGGGUCUCGACAUUGAUUUCUCUUUGAUUUGACGACUCUGAUCAUCUAAAUUUAUAUUUUCUCAAAAUGAGGUUAAUUUUCAUUCAUUUUUCCUGUGAUUUAAUAUACAAUUUACAAUUCAAUACUAUAAUGCAAAUUCUCCAAUAAUUACCAUGGUAAUACGCAUGUUUUCGAAAAGGACAUCAUUACACCAAUAGGUGGAUUGUAACAGGCUUUUAAUUUUAGCAGCUAAGGAAUCAAGAACAUAGAUAGCGAUAGUCGGGUAGGCAAUUUCAUAAACCCGAACCCGAUCCGUACCCGAUCGAAAGUAAAAAAGUUUCACCCGAACCCAAGAAUAAUUUUUCUUCCGAUCCGAACCUGAACCCAAUAAAAAAUAAAAAUCUUCACUCGUACCCGACCCGAACCCGAAAAAAAUCGAGUUUUCGGGUUCGAAUCCUCGAAACCCGACCAAAUUUUUGAACCCGAAUCCGACAAGCAUAUUUUUUUCUGAGCCCAAACUCGACCAAUACCCGUCAAGUUCGAGAUCAAGUCAGGUUUCGGGGGAUACUUCUGAAACCCAAAUAUAUAAUAUAUCAUCAACAGCAUCCUUAACACUGGGCAAUCCGUUACCAAACGGUUCAAAUAAUUGAGUUAUUUUUCAAGUUUUCUAAAAUGUUUGAUAUAAAGUUUUUCUGGACAAAUGAGUGAACAACAGUUCUUUGUUGAAUGACGAUAGUUCUCCAAUUUUUCAAAAGUGAUUGAGUUUUACAAUGUAUUGAUAACUGUAUAUUUCGAAACGGUUGCAGUUUUCGAGAAUACAAUAUAAGUGUAUUAGCGACCUCCGAAAAAGUGCACAAAGGUGAACGAUUGUUGUUUCAAAUACUUGCAAAAAAGGUGGGUGGGUAAUGUCAGAGACAUAACUGGAAGACGUGAAUGCGAACAAAACUGAUAUGUUUCUUUCAAACUUUCAAAUAUGAAUAAUCGUUUACAUUAGUUGAAUGCUUGUGUGAAUUUUGCAACAUUCGCAGUCUACCACACAAUUAAAUAAGGCGGAACGAAUGAGAGCUAAAACUAACGAUCACAAUGAAUUUAAAAAUGCAAUCUUCAAAUUCAUACACAAAUACAUUCAAAUUUGAAAAAACACGCAACAAUUCAAUGUCAUCAUCGCGAAUUUUCGAAUUGAAGAAUAUGAAUGAACAUAAUAAUAUCAUAAACUCAUCAUUACAUUCAUAUCAGCGAUUUAGAAAAAUACCAACAAACCGAAAGCUGCCAUCUUGGAUUUUAAGAAUUCCACAACUAGAAAUUACGAAUAUGUACUCAUAAAGAGUGGUCAGAAAGUAUCUGUAAUAAUAUCCAUAACUAAAAAAAUAAAAUUCACCUAUUACGAUUUAUUUCAUCAGAAAUGUACGAAAAAUGAUAACAUUAUUCAGUUAUAAGCAAGAAUUUUCAUUCAUAAUUAAUAUGAAAUGAAACAAAUCAAUAAUAUAUUUCAUGCUACCACGACUCCGAUUACUUAUUUUGAGGAGUCUGCGUCUUCCGAUGCUUCGCGAGCGACAGUUCCCAAUACGGAUCCAUUCCAACAUAUUUUUCAAUGGGGCUUCUAUUCAAAUACUAAAACGACGUUGCAAUAUGCGUUUAAGUUGAAUGUUUCCUAAAUUAUAUAAAUCCAUAAACAAAUCUCUGAGAUAUGGGCGCUUGAAAUUAUGACAGAAAACGGCAAACACAGGCGUCAUGAGCUUUCCUCUCUAAUGCUCGUUUAUACCAAAAAGUUUAGAAAGCUUGAGUUAUAAGAUAUUUGUGAUUACCACCCUACAAAUGAUAUUUACAAUUAAAUUCUACCCACUCUUGUGCAGACUUGAUUUCCAGGUUUUUUCCGGUUUGUGAGAUAAAAAUUUAGUAUAGGCCCAAAUCGCCUCUGUUUAAAUUGUGGUAAUCUGAUUGAGAACACGUUUAUUCAAUGAACGAAUCCCUCAGAAGAAUUUGCAUGUUCUGAUUGUGAUAGAAUCCAUAAAUUCAACUAUCGACAAUGUCCACGGAUUUCGUAGCUAUGCAUCUUGUAAGGGUUACGCCAGGGUAACUGUUGAAGAGCAAUUCGAAUCUGCGCUGUACUGAAGUUAUUCGAUGGGCGUCGUUAAGAUAAUAUGGGUUCCAUAUCGAGCUUUGUACGAAUGAGUGAAGCGAUAAACUUUUUGAAUAUAGUCAUUUGUCUAGAUUACUAAUCGGCGAUUAUUGAGGUAUGAACAAAACCAACGCAGCAUGUUAGAACCAAAGCCUAAUCUAUCCAAACUAGCUACUGUAGUGAAGAUUGGUAGUCGCUUGCACGCAUUGAUGAGCAAAUGAAUCAAAUGAAAUUUUCAAACACGCACAAGAUAUCGAUCUUGUUUUCUUAAUGGGACUCUAAAUACUUAGCAUGUCUCGUAGAAUAACCAGAAUAAUGACCAGAAAGUACGAGUUCUUUAUAAUGUACUCUUCGUUGAUUUCCAACCAGUUUGAUUUCCAAAUAGCCCAACUAGUUUAUCUUCUGUGAGAACCCCUUCUACAAUUGAUCUGGACCUAGCAGAUUAAUUUGACAUUUGUGGUAAACGGAUUACUCAACCAGACUUUGAUUCAGAUCAUCAACCAAUAAUAUUCAUGAUUUCAAAUACAGCAAUGCUUAAUUCAAUUAGUUCUGUUUUCUACCACCUUAGAACUAAUCGUCUAGAAUACAGAUCUCAUACCGAAAGCAAUAUGAACCCUGAAAUUGUUUUGGGAAAUUCGGCUGAUAUUGAUAUAGCAAUACAUUAUUUAAAUCACUACAUGAUUGAAGUUAGGAGUCUAUCAGUUCCAAAAGCUCCAACUCAAUUUAAUGCUACUUCGUCGGCAUCAAAAUCAACAUUCUUAUGAUUCUACUAUGAAAUCCAUAUUUGAACACGUACAAAAAAAAAACAAAAUAUAAAUUCACUGAACAAAUUAAACUUUAUUCUAAAAAAAUUCUACGGUUCUUUUCAGCCCUCAAACCAGGAAAUUAAAUACUCCCUGCAAACGGUGGUUAAAGCCAAGGUUGACAACUUUUUCAAUUUUGUGAGUCCUGUUGAAAUCAAUAUUGUCACAUUACUGAGACCAAUAAUGAUGAAAUUAGGACAAUCAUUAGUAAAGUUAAAGAACAAAUCUGAUGCUUUCUGAUUGACUUAAAAUUGCUCCCAAACCCUUAAGAAAUCGUUGAACGAGACAUUGGAUGUUGGCCCAAUUUCCAAUGAAUUGUUCAACAUAGAACCUGUAUGGGACAAUAAGUUAUCUCAACAUUUUGGCGUUGGCUCCAAUUUUUCACUUGUAUAAUAAAAAUAAAUCGUGAUGCUCAAAAUUGUUAGUCAUAUUUGAGCUAGUAAUAUUUUUCCAGGAUUUGCACUAUAAUUCCCGGUUUUUUUCCGGUGAAACCAAAUUCCCAACUUUUUCUCGGUUUUCCCGGUCACUUAUCACCCUGUUGAAAUGCACGAAACGUCCAAAUCUGAUGUAAUCUCAAAAGAUUUUUUUUAAAUCGACUUUGGGACCCCGCUAGUUUCUACUGUAUCGAUUAAUUUCAUUGAUAUUUUCCGGCAAGCAACGACUAAGAGAAGACUAAGACUGACAGUCGGUUUUAUGCUCAUGGAGCAAAACUCUUUGCAAGCGUAUGAGUAAUGUCAACAAUGUGUGUGAAAAACAAAUUCUGGCGCUUCUUUUCCUGAUUUUAAACAAUAAAUCUUCCAUAUGGUUGAAAAUAAACCAAUUGGAUCAUUCUGCUUAAAAUUGCAAUUCAAGAAAAGAGAAAAUCUUAGUCUAAAACUCUUCCGCUUUCCUUAAAACUGCUCGAGAAAAAAUAUUUCUGUUUCAGCUUACAUCCACUAACACAUUUGAUUAGCAAAAAAAACAUACUUUUAUGGAUUUCCUCUUGCAGCAAUUAUUGCGAUAUAAAAAUUUUCGUACCUUCUAUAAGUAAACCCGAAAAAGGAACCUUCAAUUCAACACGCGAAAGGCAAUGGAUAUGGAAAGUUGUCGUAAAACUAUUUAUUUUUCCGGAAAACUGCUUUUGUAACAGAAAAUAUUUAGUUUUGUUUAUUUUGUAUAGCGCAAUCUAAUACAAAUCAUUGAAGCAGUGUUGCUAACUUUUUUAUUAGGGAAUUGAAAUCUACAUUCAAAAGAUGUAAGCAAUUUUCAAUCAAACGUUGGUAAAAGUUUAUCAAAACUGAUAUUUCAUCCAAAAAGUCUGGCUUAGCGUUCGUUUGAGAAUAAAUUUUGGCUUGAAAAGAUUAUUUGAAACUCAAUCGUUCAAGCCACUUUAAUAAACUGGUUGAACUUCAUAUAAGAAUACAUAGAUCUAUGACAUACGUACCGAAUAAAAUGUACGUAAUACACAAAUUACCAACACAAGUUAACUUGGUUUACUCUUGAUCCUUAAUUUCUUCCUUCCGAUCAUGCUUUUACGAGGCUGUUCAGUCUAGUUUCUGCGAUUAAAGUUUAUAACAAAUACUAUCUACAAUACAUUUAGCCUUUCAAUUUCAUAUCUUUAGCUACUCUCAGUCGAAUGAAAAGUCCCGAGCCUCUCACAGAAAAAAACGUGAAUAGUUUCGAACCGUGUAUAUUUUUGUUGAAAACAAGUCUCUAGAUGGCCCAAUUUCAAAUUUUAUGAUAAUCUAUCCACUAGUGUUUGAUCGUGUCAGACGAGUUCUCGUUUUCAACAAGCUAUGAAAAGAACGCAUUUGUGCAUAAAAGCAACGGUAAAAUUGAAUGAUUUGCGGUACGGAUUCUCCAGUCCCUCCAGGCCCCAAGCGACUAUUAUCUAUUUCCAAACCAGAAAAUGUUUCUCCAGGGAAAGGAAUUUUCGUCGAAUGCUGAAGUCAUCGCAGAAUCGGAAGCCUAUUUUGAAGGUCUUGACAGUUCUUUUUUUUCACUCUGGAUAGAGAUUAUACUGAAGAACAGAGAUGUCCAUCUCCUCUGUGUGACGAAGAGCAAGCAAAAUUUCUCCCCUCGCACUGACAACUUCAACGAGAGCUCUUCUCUUUCACAUAUAUACAUCACUGUUGUAUAAAGUGUGCACGCAUCAUGAGUGCGUUUGUUUAUUUCCUUUUACCUCCUCCACUGAAUCGCACCAAAGUGCUAGAGCAUUAGCUAAUAAAUUCUCUGAGGUGGAUGCAGAUACUUUCACAGAGGUGUACACGCCGGUGAGCACUCUGGUGUAUGGUUUGCGUAGAAGAAGCGUGGGCACGCAAAAUCAGCAAAAUAAAACAAUUUAUCGUUAAAUUUUCGGUUUUCAUUGCAAAUUUUUCAUAGCAAGGCCAGAUCUACUCUCUAUUAAUUGAAGUUCACAGAAGUGUUCGCUCACCAUCACGCGCCAGUGAUCACUUGGGUGUAAUUAGGCGAGAGCACGUGAGAGCGAUUCGUGCGAAGAGAAUGUUAUUCUCUCGCACCAGCUUCUUUCAACACAAGCACGCACUCAAAGUCUGUCUGUCUGGACACAGAGAAGAAGUGCGCUUUCCUCUUUGCGUGGAGCGGAGCAAAUGUAUCCGCAGUGUAUAAUUGAAACCUACGCCCUGGUGUAUCACUCUAGUGAAAUGCCAUCUCCGCUGAAGAAUGAAAACGUUUCCACGGUAAAAAAUCGACUUCUUCUUUGUUGGGCCCGGAACUUCUCAUUCCAUGUAGUGUGACGAACGAGACAGCUCUUUUUGCGUUUGAGACAAAUCUUUCUCAUUUGAGAUAUUGAUAGGAUUGUGAUCGUGAAUAACUCUACGCAACAACAUCCUUUUAGCUCCUUGCCAUCGGAAAUAUGUUCUGCAAUAAACAAAUCACAAUUAAAAUUUUCUAAACUAUUCGGAAUCUAUGAGUGUCAAGGAGAGAAACUCUUGUCGCUUGCUUACUUUUGCUCAGAAGACGUUUUUUCAGUGUCCAGGAUCGAUUUUUCGAAUCCAGACCCAAAGUGCAGUUCCAGUUCCAGAAUUUAGUUCUAUACCUAGGUCCAGAGUUCUGUUUUGGAAUUCCGAACCAAAAUUCAUUUCCAGAAUGCAGUUCCAAAAUUCUGAUCCAGAAUUCAGUUCACAAAAUUCUGACACAAAAUCCAAGUACGUUUCAGAAUUUAAUUCUAGAUUUCAGUUUCUAGUUCUAGAAUUCUUGAAUGCAGCUCCUGAAUUCAGUUCCAAAAACUAGAACUAAAAUUUAGAAUCAGACCAGAAUCUUAGAAUUCAGAAUUCAGUUCAAGUUGGAAUUGGAUCCAGGAUCUGAGCCAUAUAACAGGUCCAGUUCACAGAUCUCGACUAGUAAUAUGAUAAGUCCAGAUUCAACUGCUCUUCUACAAGCGAGAUAAUUGCACUCAACAGUGUUCAAAACCAAAAAACUUUAUUCGUAUUCACGUCAUCUAAUUAGGUCACUGAUAUUACCCAUCCGUUUUGCUUUUCUCAUAUAGAAAGGCGACAUUUUGUGUACCCGUUUUUUGAACCAAGGCCCAGAGGGACGAUUGUCAUAUACCAUUCGACUCAGGUCAGCGAGUACACAAAAUGUCUCUAAGUGUAUAACACGUGCACUCGAUUUUCUCAGUGACCGCUUCACAAAUUUUCUUGAACAUAAAUUCAAAUUUAAGACCUUGUUAUCCCAUAGUCUGCUAUUGAAUUUCAUCCCGACUUCCGGCUUCGGAGUUACGAGGUAAAAUGUGAGAAACGAUCUAAAAAAGUACACUCGAUUUUCUCAGAGACCGUUCAUUCAAUUUUUACAAGCAUAGGUUCAAAUCAAAGGUCUUAUAAAACCGAAACAGCUCUACCGAAUUUCAUUCGGAUGCGACUUUCGGUUCCGGGAUUACAGGCUGAUAAAUAUUUUAAUUCCAUUUUCAAAAGCGUGUUUUAUACAUGAAACGGAAAAAUCAAACCCAAUACAUUCAAAUAGCCGUAUAAUUGAGUUCUUCAGUUAGGCAGACACGGUUAGUUGAUGACCAAAUACAUUGAUUAAGGGUAUACCAGAACAUCGUUCAUAGUUCCGGAAGUGCCGGAAAAGAACUCAUGUGCUCCAAACCGGAGCUCACUACAAUUUCUCAAAAACGACCAGACCGAUCUUCGCAAACUCAGUUUUAAAUGAAAAGUUUUUUGUUUCCAUAAGUUGAUGUAGAACUUUAUCCAGAUCCGACUUCCGGUUCUUGAAAGCAAGGGUAGUGUGUAUGAAAUUGCAACCUGCCAUAUAGAGCAAAAAUGUAAAAAGUCUUCAAAAUUUGGUUCAAAAUUGUUUUAAAAGGCUAUGUUAGUUGCUGAACAAACAAAUCGAUUUCAGCUAUACCGGUUCCCAGCUCCCAGCUCCGGAAGUACCGGAACUAGUAGUUGAAAACUCAAAAACUCUUUUCAUUUUCUCAAAAUCAGCUUAGUUGAUUUCCACAAACUUAGACUCUAAUAAAAGGGUAAACGUCUAUAAAUAUUGACUGCAUUUAACUGCAUUUUGUUCGGAUCUCACUUCAGGUACCGGAACAACAGGGUGAGAUGCGUUGAAAAAUUUUAAGCCGUCAUUUAGAGCGGAAAAAUGAAGAAUUCCUAUUUACUUGGGUUGAAACUGAUUAAAAUUGAAAAGGUUAUACUAAUGUAUGCUCAAACGAACUUUUUGUCCCUAUUCAAUAUUCAAAAUUCGAAGAAAAGUUUUUUUAAGAGUCCCGUAGUAAUUUUAAUUAAAACAUGAUUUACCACUAGGUGGAAUAAAACAGGUUAUGCUUCAUUUUGUAUUUGUUCACUUUCGAAUUUACGACAAACCUAACGUAUUUCAACUUUUCGAACCAUUCACGAAACCUCAACAUAUGCUUAUACAAGAAAAUGUUUUGAUUGAAUAAUCAAAUAUUUCCGCAAAUGAUACUAGUUAUGAGAUACUACCACGACUACUAGUCGCAAUAUACUGAUUUGGCAAGGAAUCUGCAGUUGUGGUAGAUUCUCAUCACCUGGAAUGGCUAUGAAUAAACAACUAUGUGAGCAGGUGUACCUCCGAAUUUUGUCAUUUAUCGAAUCAUGCGAGAUUCAUGCUUGAUUAAGUUCACAAAGCUGAGAUGUCAAACGUUAUAUGAUUAGAGUAAAGUCGAUAAAUUUUUCACUCUAAUGAGUGAUUGUCAAACGCAAAUUGUAAAAAUUGAAAAAAUGUGUCUAAACUAUUAAAAUGUCAUCCGAUUUGAAGAUUUGAAAUAAAAAUGCAUCCUCUCACGUGAUGCCAAUUAAACAGAAGUCAGAAGCAAGACUUAAUCCUUAUUCGACUGCAACAACAAAACCUACGCAGCCUGCGCUCUAAAUGAAAUGUACACUAGUGUGAUGUUAAAUGUUUCUGUUUCAAUUAAUCUACGAUCUACGUUUACCUAUUCUUUACCAAACAUUCUUCGAACAUGUCUGAUAAAGGGACCACUCUUUCAAGUUUCGCCAUUGCUCAACGAAAGUUGUACGUCAUUAAAAAAAAACAA